CCCAGUGGUGGUGGGCGUGGCCGCGGUGGGCUGUUCGAGCUCCCUCUGGAGAAGUGGAGCUGCCUGGGUUGGUCUGGGCCGUGUUAGUGUCGCUGUCCGUGGCGAUGUUCCCGUCAGAGGCAGGCGCCAGGCCGCGGACUUGCGAAGCCACCGCCUCGGAACGCAGGAAAUGGGUGGAAGUAUUUAAAGCAUGUGAUGAAGACAACAAAGGGUACUUAAGCCGAGAGGACUUUAAGGUUGCGAUUGUAAUGCUGUUUGGAUACAAACCCUCCAAGAUAGAAGCGGAUUCUGUGAUGUCUGCAGUAAAUCCCAACACUUCUGGUAUAUCACUUGAGGGGUUUUUAAAUGUCGUAAAGAGAAAGAAGGAGGCACAGCUCUAUCGCAGUGAGAUAAGGCACAUCUUCACAGCUUUCGACAUGCACUAUCGUGGAUUUUUAACUCUAGAAGAUUUCAACAGGGCAUUCAGUCGAGUGGCUCCCAAGCUACCCGCGAGGACAGUGCUGGAGGUGUUCAGAACUUCUCUCCAUGUGGUCUCCUGGAGCCCCAACCGGAAGUGUGAGAUCAAAGCUGUCUUCACACUCUAGGACACUGUCUGCCCUGCUCCCCUCUGUUGACAUUGGCACUGAUGGCACAAAGGUGGCGGUGGGUAACAUGAAUUACUUCGAGAAGCAGCACCAGGCUACAGUAGUGAUCAUUACGUUCUCACCACCUUGCUGGCAGUGUGUUUCACAUAAAAAUAUGCUGGUGAAGCAACACAGAUUAUUAAAUCUCAGUCCUCACUGUACAUCUUCCCAACAGUCUGGGCAAUGUCCAUAGGCCAUUUCCAUCACAUACGAAACCUGAUCCUUUGCACAGUGGCUGUGUGAGAUCUGAACUGGCCACUAUUUUAAUGGACCAUUGUUUUCAUUUGUAAGAGUGACUGACGCACAAACUACUGUUAUUCCGAGUGUGGUAUUUGGUCGGCAUUUUCUCAGAAAUGAUUGACGCGAACCUGUCAUUUCAACGAAAACAGCCGGCACUGUUUGUUGCCAAUGAUGGAAUUUGAGCCUUCGAGUGAAAAUGAGAAUUUGGGAACUUUGUGCACACCCUGGAGAGUCUGACAGUUUCUCAAUAGACUUUUGUGAUGAGUUCAGCGCUGCUAUUAACAGAUAUGAUUUUUAUAUUGUAUAAUGGAAUGUGUUAACAUUUCCAAGAGCUAUAUGUCAGUGAAUUAAUAUUUUUUGAUGACCAGUAUAGUAUGCUUAGGUGAAGGAGCCAUUGAGAUCCCUAGACGCCCCAGUAUGCUUUCCUGGAGUAAAAACAUGCAAGUUUCAUUGAUACUCAUCAAAAGUCUACAUUGUGGCUGGCUUUGAAGAAAAUACCACUUAUUGGGCUUCAGUGUACUGUAAACCUGUGUGUGUUUGUGUGGUGUGUGUGGGGGGCAUAUGCGUGUGUGCACAUGGGGGUACACAUGUCUGUGCACACAUGUUCAGAUGACAAAGAAGGGUGUCAGGUAUACUGCUCUCUCGCCCUCCACCUUAUUCCUCUGAGACCGGGUCUUUCAGUGAGCAUGGAGUGAGCCCCAGUAAUCCCCCUGUCUCCACACUCUCCCUCCACCACUGGUAUGACACAUGGUAGCCGUGCUCAGUCAUUUACUUGGGUGCUAUGGGUCUUGAACUCAUAUCCUCACGCUUGCGUGACCAACACUUUACCCACUUAGCCACCUAC